UAUACAAUUACAUGUAUACUUGUCACGGUGGCUGUACAAGACAGACAGUAAGACGAUGGGCGCUACACUCUCCCUUAGUGAUGUGCAGCCGCCACUGAACAGGGUGGCUGUUGUCACAGGAGCUAACCAGGGUCUGGGUUUGGAGACGGCCAAACAGCUGGCCUGUCUGGGCUGUAAGGUCGUGUUAGGGUGCAGAUCCGAGGAAAGAGCCCUGAAAGCAAUAGAGGAUAUCAAGACAGCGUGUGCGGCGGAUGGAAUUACAGAACCCGAUCUGCGGUUCAUACCACUGGAUUUGUCUAAUCUACAGAGUGUGCACGACUUCUGUGUGAAGUUUAAAGACACUGGUCUUCCGUUACAUAUCCUCAUCUGUAAUGCGGCUGUGUUCGGGAUACCACAAAGUUUUACAGCAGAUGGAUACGAAACCCAUUUUCAGGUGAAUUAUUUAUCCCAUCUGUUGAUGACGCUUCUGUUACUUCCCGUUUUGAUGGAUUCUGGGCCGGAUUGUCGAAUUGUGAACGUUUCUGCCAAAUUACACCUUUUUGCCAGCCUUGAAAUGGACAACAUUCAUGGAGAGAAGGCGUACGGCCGAGUGGGAUUCUACAGUAAAUCUAAACUUUAUCAGAUCAUGAGCAUGUACGCGCUUCAGAGGCGGAUCACCAACUCUCACGUGACCAUCAGCUCCUUACACCCAGGGGUCAUCGAGACGAACAUUCAACAGGGAAUCAUGGAUGACAAGACCUGGUUUGGCUGGUUCAACCGAGGCUUGAAAAUGGUUUAUUCCCUGCCUCCCGUGAAGUACCUCUUACACAAGACCGGAUUUAUGAGGGGCGCCGACUCUGCUGCUCUGUCAAUUGUCUACAUGGCCGUCAGUCCGAAACUAGCAGGCAUCAAAUGUUUGUAUUAUGACGAAACUGUUCCGCGGGCGACCUCAGCAGAGUCGAGGAGAGAGGAGCGUCAGGAAAUGUUAUUAGACUACAGUCUACAGUGUAUUGAGAAAUAUGUUCCUGGGGAAACGCUGGAAGAACUCAAUCUCAAGAAGUAACAGAUUGUGGACUGUAUCAUGACAUAGAAAUGAAA